AGACAGAGAGACAGACAGAGGAGCAAGGCUGUGUGAAUGGACAAGAGAUAGAGAGGGAGAAGGGCCUCUGGUACCUGACUAAAUCUGGAAAAAACAACAGCCAGACCUGCUGAAGGAUUAGCUCCCUGUUCAUGCUAACAUGGCCCUGCCCUCUGUGAUGGUGUUGCCCCUGCUGAUUAUCGUAGCAGCGGGAGUGUACUACAUCUACAAUGAGGUCAUGCAGUUCAUGUCCAAGUCCUUGGUGCGGAACAAAGUGGUGGUGAUCACUGAUGCUGUGUCUGGGGUGGGAACUGAGUGUGCCAAUCUCUUCCACAAGGGCGGUGCCAGACUGAUCCUGUGUGGGACUAGCUGGGAUAAACUAGAGUCUCUGUAUGACUCUCUGACAAAUGACGCUGACCACAGAGAGACCUUUGCCCCGAAGCUGGUGAUCCUGGACUUCAGCGAUUUGGAUAGCAUGGAGGAUGUCGUGGCUGAGGUAGUGGAGUGUUACAGAUGUGUGGAUGUGUUGAUCUGCAACAGCAGCAUGAAGCUGAAAGCCCCGGUGCAGAGUGUCUCCCUGGAACUGGACAGAAACAUCAUGGACAUUAACUACUUUGGCCCCAGCACUUUGGUCAAAGGUAUUCUUCCAACAAUGAUGUCAAGAAGAUCGGGACACAUUGUUUUGGUCAACAGCAUCCAGGGAAGACUGGCUAUCCCAUUCAGAAGUUCAUAUGCUGCAUCUAAGCAUGCAGCACAAGCCUUCUUCGACUGCCUGCGGACUGAAGUGGAGGAGUAUGGGAUAAUUAUCAGCACCAUCAGUCAUACCUUCAUCAACACCUCUGAGGAGCCACCUGUGGAGGAGCAGGCCCCUGAACCGAACGCCCUGGCUGCAUUUAUCUCCAGCCAGUUGACCCAUGGUGUGCACCCAUCAGUCCUGGCCAAUGAAAUUAUUCAAACGGUAAACAGGAGGAGGAGGGAGGUUGUGCUGGCCCACCCUAUCCCCAGGGUGGCCCUCUACCUCCGCUCUCUCUUCCCCUCCUUCCUCUUUGCUGUGCUGGCUGCUGGAGUGAAGGACUCAGUCCUGGCUGAGCCAAUGCAGUAGGAGAAAAUCUGAAAUGGAAUCACAAAGAGAUGUAAAAUGAAGAAAGAUUUUUUUUGGAAAUGGCAGAUAUAUAUAAUGUAUGUGUAUGUGUUCCUUAAGCAAGGCUUAAAUGGCAGGAGUUUUGGGCCGAAUUAUCUCUGAAUCAGCGCUCCCAAAACUCGAAAGAGAACUCUGGUCUGGGACCUUGGUUGGUACUGAUGUUAGGCCCAGAUGAUCUGGUAAUGUGAGAUGUUAACAGAUCCAGUCUUAAACCUCCUGAACUACUCACAGACUCAUUGGGGCUGCCUCAAUAAUUUCAAACUUGUUCGAUAUUUAGCAUUUAAAAUCUGGAUGAUUACGAUUACGAUUAUAUCAAUACGGAGGGCUGACAGUGUUGCCAAGCAAUGGUAAACAUUCUAGCCCUUGAGGCUAACGUUAACCAGCAUAGUACUGUUAACAGAUAUAAAAAAUGACAGUUACAAUCUCUCGCAGAAGAAUAGACAACCUGUGUUGACUGUAGUUCCUUAGACAUUUUCUCAUCCACACUCGUUUAGCCUUUUGCUUUUGUUUUUUUCUCACUGCAUAGCAUUGUUAACAUUACAGCAAGCUGUUACUAUACAUCAGUCUCUGUUUGGUUGACAUUUGCUCCCUCUGGCAUGAUAAUCUCAAUAAUACCCUGAAGUGUGUGAUGAAGCAUUAUUUUCAAAUCUCGUAGUGUGUGCAUGUUUAAGAUUAGAGAGAUGACCAUCUGUGAAGUUUCUCCUUAUCUGAAGGCUUCAGGUUUAUCAUGUGGCAAUUAGUUUGUGGUAAUUUAAUUUAAGUUAUAACCCAUAAGAUUUUACACUUACAUUUUGUAAUGAUCUCUCCAUAUAGUUUUCAUUAUUGGUGGCAGAAUCCACCAUCCACUUUAAAUUGCCUUCACAUGCACAAGGUAUUCACAUGAAACAAUGCAUGUAUGUGAUUCAGUGGUACUUUUUGUACUUUUAUCUCCUUUAUAUUAGCCCCACUGUUUACUUUAUGCCCCUCCUACCACUGUGUCAGCGCAAACAGCAAGUCAAAUACAUGUAAU